AUGAUGUCGGAGGCCGAUCGCGCCUUGGGCGUGGCCUCGGCAGCCGACUCGUCCUCGCUCGAGACCGAGUCCUCGGUGUGCGGCUCCUCCUGGCUCGCCACGCGCGCGACGGCGAGGAGCAUGGCACGCGGCUCCACGAGGCUCGGGGCGACGCCAAACGCCGGGCACACGACCGGGCCGUCGCCCUCCUCGGCGGUGCUGGCGGUGCCGGACGUGGAUGGAUGGAUGGGGUCCUUGGGCUCGUCGACCGGCGCCACGCUCGGCGCGCUCUGUCGGUCGUGGGGCUCGCUCCGGCAACAGUCGUCUUCCGCGCCGUCGCCGUCGCCACCAGCCGACGACGACGACGCGGUCGGCGCGAUCCGCGCCCUCGCCAACUGUCGGUUCGUGCUGCGCCGUGGGAGUGGGUGA